ACAGAGCCAAGCUUAGAGAGACUGGAAGAAGAAGAAAAGGUUGCAACCAAAACAGAACCAGUACUUGAAGCAGAAACAAGAGAAAAGACAACUGAGACUCAAUUAGAUCAAAAUCUCCCAUCAGAGACAGGCAGCACAGCAUCAGUCGAUGUUGACAGUGAUGGUAAGUUAGAAGAAAAGUCCCAGUCCAUGCUUGACAGCUCUUCCCAAACAGGGAGUGAAGAGGAAGAGGAAAUUUUAGAUGAUAAUGCGAAUGAGACAGAUGUAGCGGGUGAGGUAAAGAAGAAAGAGAUGGAGGGUGAAGAUCAUCAGGUGUCUGAAUCAGUAGGAAAUGAGGACGAGGUUAACAGCAAAGAGCCAGGAGAAGAAAUUCAAACUGCAAUUGACCUUGAUCAGGAUUUUGUUCCACAAAACGACAUCAGCUCAGGCUCUGUUUUCAGUUCUGAUGAUUUAAAGUCAGCGGGACAAUCUGUAAGUGAGGCUCAGGAGGUCAAAAGCGACGACAAAAUAGAAAGCGUGAAAGAGGAAGAGGCAGAAGUAGUUAGACAACAGAUUGAUAACACAGAAGAAUCUAAUGAAAUGUCUCUUGAAACUGGUGCUAGUAGUGAUGAUCAUAAAGCUGAAGGGAGUAGUAAAGAGACAGAUGUGCUUCAUCAAGAAAUUCCCACGACUCUGAGUGAUGAGUCAACAGAACACAGUCGAGUCAGCGGUGGUGCAGAAGAGAGCAGUGGAGAGAAUCUACCUUCUUUAUCACCUGACACAGCUGAGGAGAAGAAUGAACCAGAGCCUAUACAAGAUGAUAGUUUAACUACUGAUCAUUUAGACACACCAGCCAUUACUGAUAAUAACACAGAAGCAGAGACACAUCAUGAUGCGUUAGGACAGGAGUUUGAUUCGUCCCAUACUACUGAUGUAAGUGCUGAAAUGCAUGAACAGGCCUUAGAGGAGGAUACAGGGACAUUUUCCUCUCAUGAAAGCACUACCAAUCAAGAUACCUCUAUGGACAACAUACAUCUGUCCUCUGUGUCUCCUCCAAUGCAAACAAUGGCCACAAAAAGUGAAGGUGAUUCAGAUAAAUUAAAGGAAAUGGAGAACAACCUGCAACCAGCUGAAGCUGAGAAAGAGAUGUUAGACUCUGAGAAAGACUUUAUGAAGGAACAUGACCAGAAGUCUGAAAGAGAGGUAGAGACUGAGGAAGAACCAAAGGGAGAGGAAGAGCGGCUGAAGAUAGAAGAGUUAAAGGAAGGGGAGACACAGGAGGAGUUAAAAGAAGUGGAAGAAAUAAAGGAAGAGGAGAAGAUGCAUGAAUUAAAGGAGAAUGAAAAGCAGGAGGGGAUAGAAGAGUUAAAGGAAGAGGAGAAGAAGGUAGAGGACUUAGAAAAGGAAAAGCAGGAGGAGAUAGAAGAGUUAAAGGAAGAGGUGAAACUGGAGGAGUUAAAGAAGGUGGAAGAGAUGAAGAAAGAGGAAAAACAGGAGGGGUUAAAGGAGGUAGAAGAGAUGAAGAAAGAGGAGAAACAGGAGGAGUUAAAGGAGGUGGAAGAGAUGAAGAAAGAGGAGAAACAGGAGGAGUUAAAGAAGAUGGAAGAGAUGAAGAAAGAGGAGAAGCAGGAGAUAGCAGAGGAGUUAAAACAGGAGGCAGUAGAUGAGUUAAAAAGAGAUGAAAAACAGCAUGAGGUGGAGGAGUUGAAGAAAGAUGAGAAACAGGAGGGAGUGGAGGAGUUAAAGGGAGUGACGAAGCAAGAGGAAGUUGGGGGGUUAAGUGAAGGUGUGAAGCAGCAGAAAGUGGAAGAGAUAAAGGAAGAAAAGAAGAAGGAGGUGGUGGAAGAGGAGUUAAAGGAAGAUGAGAAGAAAGAGGAAGUAGAAGAGAAGAAUCAGGAGCAGGUGGAGGAGUUAAAAGAAGAGGUGAAGCCUGUUGAGGAGUUAAGGAAAGAGGAGAAGCAGCAGAAUGUAGAGGAAGUCAUGGAAGAGAAGAAGGAGGAGGUGAUGGAGUCAAAGGAAGAAGAUAAGCAGGAGCAGGUGGAGGAAUUAAGGGAAGAUGAAAAGCAGCAUAACGUAGAGGAAGAGAAGAAGGAUAAGGUGGUGGAGGAGUUAAAGAAAGAAGAGAAACAGGAGGAAUUGAAAGAAAAGGAGAUGCAUGAUCAGAAUGACACUGGCAAUGAGAAAGAAACACAAUACUCAGAAUCUGUGUUCUCUGAAACAGCCGAAAAGACUGAACAGAGUCCGACUGAAAGCUUCCAGGCAGAAGAAGAGAAGAGGGAUGCGGAGUUACAGAUAGAGGAAAAACAGGAGGCAGUAGAGGAAAUUAAAGAAGAGGAGAGGAGGGAGGUUGAUGUAAAGCAGCAGGCAGAGGAUGUAGAGGAAGAGACAAGGAGCAAAGAGGAAGACAGUGGUCAAAUAUUAUCAACCAGGACAGAGGAGAGCGAGAGGAUCUCCUUUAAGAGAGAGGAGGAUAGAAUACAGGAGGAAGAACAGAUGAAACAUGAAAUGGAAGAAAAGAGAAAGGAUAAUGAUAAGGCUGAUGUGAAGGAAAAAGAACAAGAGGAAGUGGAUCAAAAAGGAGAAAUUGAACAGACAGACAAUGAGGUGCCACAUUCAAUUCCUAAUGAAAGUCUAGAUCAUCUGGCAGGUGACAGCAGCACCACUGAGAAGAUACCAGAAAUACACUCUGAAGAUCACAAUGGAGGGGUAGCAGAAGAUGAGAGUGGAGGAGCGUUCGGCCUUUUCAAAAAUGCCUUCGGCCUCUUCGGUGAAACUCCAGGCGCUGAAAUAAAGGAGUCAACGGAACCGACCCCUAGUUUGGAUACCAACACAGGUGAGACGUCUCAGCCAGAAGCCUCUUUGACCCCUGAGCAAGAUUCCACUAUCGCUUCAAGUCAAGUUUACACUGAAGACACCACAAUCCAGCCAUCAUCUCCCUCCCUAACCCAAACCCCUUCUCACCCCAGCUCUCCAUCUCCAAACACAGAAGCGCCCCUCAAACCAAAAACCCACUCCAAACAUUACAAAACCCUCCUCGUCCACAUGAGCGCUGACGACAUGGCUAUUUUGGAGGAGCUCUUUGGGCGACACAAGCUGCAGUUUUUGGAUUUCAUUCUGGGUGGAUCAGAAGUCGUGACUAAGGACCCAGAGUCUGAGUCUAUAUUGUUUGAUAUAGAAACACUCCUGAAUCACCACGUGGAGAUGCUCACGGAUGCACCGCAGGAGGACAAGGAGAAAACCAGGACGCUCAUCGCACUUCAGAAACUUCAAAUGCUGCUGGAAAGAGUGAGACAGGCAUUUAACACAGGGGAUGAGUCAAGAAAAACUGGAGAUUCUUCUAUAAGCCUGCAUGACAACAUCCGCAGAGAUGAAGGGAUGAAGGAGAAGAAAGAAAGAGAUGGAGAAAUGAGUGGAGGCACUGGAAAAAAGAAGGAAAGUGAGAAAAGAGGAGGUAAAGAAGCGAGAAUGUCCACUGAAGAGACUGGUGAUGAGGCGUCACAGCUCGGAUCAUUACAGCAACUGGGAGAGGUAAUGAAGCAGAUCCUGGACUUUGCUCAUCAGACUGUUGAAGAUUCAUCCACUCAUGCUCGUGCAGUGGCGGAACUCCUCAUAUGGCUUUCAGUGCAGGUUGUAUCAUCGCUGCCUGAUGAUAUCAGACCCGGGCCUGACCUGUACGGGGUGCCGUGGGAGCCUGUCAUUUUCUCCAGUCUGGUGGGGCUGCUGACAAUGCUGCUGUUCAGCUGUAGAUGUUAUAGCUCUGUCAAAAGCAGACUAUAUCGAAGUAAAGAGCGGUGGAUGGCUGAGCAGUUUUCACAACUCCUGGAUGAGAAGUGUAAAGUCCUUGAGACUCUCAGCAAAUGUCAACAAGAGUAUGAUGAACUGGAGACCUCACUGAGGGACAGUGGCGUCUUGGCCCAAACUCAAAAGACAGAACAUCUGGAGGUCAAAGCUACACAGUUGGAACAUGCUAAAAGGGAGCUGGAGAGGGAUCUGGAUCAACUGAAGGAUCAGCUGGACCAGCAGAAAGAACACAGGAUAGAGCAAGAAAAGAGGAUAGCAGCACUGGAGGAGAGCAUGAAAACCUGUGAGGAAGAAGCCAAAAACCUCCAGUCGCUGGAAGAACAGGCACAAACGACUCUGAAAGUGUACAGCAUGAACAGUGACAGACUACAGAGGAACCUGGAAACAGCUGGAGAGGAGAACGCACUGCUGCAGGAGAGCAACGCUCAGUUACAGCAGCAGGUGGAGGGAUGGGCAGAACGAGUGAGUGAGUUGGAGGAGGAGAUGAGGAGGUGUGAGGCCGCCCACAACGGGAUGAUGCAGGACGUGGCCAACAAGGAUGAGCGUAUAAUGUCUUUAACAGAUCGGCUGCUGAGAAUGAAAGCUUGGGAUUCAGACCUGGAGGAAGAACGAGGCGAGGAAGGAGGAGAGGAAACAUCCAAUGGGACGGCGGAGAAAGGAGAGGAGAAUGGAAAAGGGGACGACUCACAGAGCCACCUCCAGAAAGUCCAGAAACUCAUUUAUGCUGCUAAGCUGAAUGCAGACCUCAAAUCAGUCGACGAAGACAAGGACAGAGUAUUCGCCAAACUGAACGAUGAAGUCAAAGCUAAAGAAGAACUGGAAGGGAGCAUCAAGGAGCUGGAGGAUGAGCAGUUAUCCCUGCAGUCAGACAGUGAGCACUACACAGAUCAGGUGCAGCGAUUACAACAGAAGCUCAAUAUUAUGACAGAGAUGUACCAGGAGAAUGAGCUCAAGCUACACAGACUGCUGACAGUAGAGGAGAAGGAGCGCCUGCAGAAAGAGGAGAAGUUAAACAAAGCAGACAAAAACAUUGCGUUGGCCAUGGAGGAGCUCCAAAACUACAGACGUCGUGCAGAGGAGAUGGAGGAAGAGCUGGAGAAAACCAAACAGUCUUACCAGACCCAAAUAUCAGCACAUGAGAAGAAGGCUCACAAUAACUGGCUGGCAGCGCGAGCAGCAGACAGAGAACUAUCAGACAUCAGGAGAGAGAAUGCCCUCUUUAGACAGAAGCUGACAGACACACAGUUUAAACUGGACGCCCUCGACAAAGAUCCCUACGCCUUGGACAGCCUGGCUAGACCACUGCCUUUCCGAGCUGAAAGGUCACCGUACGGUCCCUCUCCUCUGGGUCGACCCGCAUCUGAAACCAGAGCAUUCCUCUCUCCUCCCACACUGAUGGAAGGACCACCUGCUAGACUCUCUCCUAGAGUGGAGCCCCCUGGUGGCCAAGGUGAGAUGGAGCGGAGUGGAGGUCCCCACUCGGACAGCGGCUCAAUUUCUCCAACGUGGGAGAGAGAUCGCAGGGGACACAUGCCAGGACCCCCCGGGCCUCUCGGACCUCCAGGCUACAUGUUUCCAGAACCAGGAGGUCCCAUGUACAGGAGACCUGUUCCCCCUCCAGGAGCCAUGGGCAUUCUGCCUCCUCCUGGCUCCCUCCCGCUCGGUCCUCCUCUCCCCCAUCCUAGGGGCCACCCUCUCGGUGGCCCACCAAGUCGCCCCCACCCUGCAGACAUGGCAGAUGGCCCAUACAGAGAGAACAGCCUCGGACCUGGAGAACAGGAUCCCAGAGAGUCUGGUCCCAGUGAUCGAAGGACUCCCCCUGAAGCAGAUCCAAGGAUGGGUGGUGCACCCCCUCCUGGCCCACCCAUGGGCCCCAUGGACGGUCCCUUCCCUCGUAGAGCCCCUUACGGACCCCCUGAUUUCUACCCUCCCAGGGGUCCAGGGGGGCCUCCAAUGAUGCCAAUGUGGGCUCCUCCACCUCCAGGCAUGAUGUUCCCUCCUCGCUUUCCACCCGGCGGACCUCCUCACCCUCACAUGCCCUCUUACGGCCCUCCUAUGCGGGCCCCUCCACCCGACGGCCUCCCCCCUCCUUCCAUGGGUCCCCCUCCCACACAGAGCCAGUCGCCAGAGGAGCACGCACCCUCACCUCAAGACAUGAUUUGAACCCCCGACCGUGUUCCCGCUUUGAGCCUCGACGUGAUGUGUUUCUAGUUCAACUUGGGCGAGCAGGCAGCUUUUUUUUCUCCACCUUUUCCGUAACAACUAUUUAUUAACCAGGUGGAUGUAUUUAAUGAUAGCAUCAGUGGAGGGGAAAGAAUUUGCCAUCAGUAGCCUCUUUUGAGCUUGUGGCUCCUUCUUUCUCCUCCAUUUACAUCCUGUCUUGUCCUGUCUUUCCUUUCAUUCUCACGCUGCCACAAUCAUCAUCCAGCUGCAUUCCUUGUCAGGUACGGUCCCGUUGUUGUGGAGUCACGAUGAAAGCUAUUUCACAUAUAAUAGAAAAAUAACACACACCGCAGUUUGCAGUGAUUGUGCUGAUCACUGGAAGUAGACUUGAAAGUAGGAGUAAGAGGCUCUGCGUGCAUUUCUCUUCUUCUAGAUGAACAAUAAUGAAUCAUUUAACAUCAUCUAAACAAAAAGAGGAAGGCAUAUGGAGCCAGAGUGUGCAACAGUAAUUUCACAGCAGCCUCAUCUUCUCUAUGUGUGUGUCUUUAUGUGUGGGGGAUGUUACAUGUGAACCAGAAACUUGUUUCUUUGCUUGAGGAUGCCAGAAAGGUUUUUAAUUAAACAUAGGACUAAAUGUGUGUAUGUAGGAAUGCUGAAUGUGUGAAUGGAGCAUUGUUGUUAACAUUUCAUGUUGAUGACAGAGAGGAGGAAAUACAUCUUUUUAGGCUUUAAUGCGUGAUAUUUGUCAUACCAAGAUUAAUGCCGCUGUCAUCAUAAUUAACCCUAACCCUAAAAACUAGCUGUGUAACAUCUGCUUUUACACUUUGUCAGAUCAUGUAGUUUUUUUCACAUUGUUUUGUCAGAGACUGAACUGGGACCCCUAAAUCCUCCUCAGAGGUCACAUGAGACAUUUUCUAAAACAUAAUUAUAGUGCGUAAGUUAAAUUUUACCGGCUUUCUUGUGGGAUUUUGAGGAUUUAUCAUAAAAGCUGCUUUUUUCAAACAGAACAGCAGGAAACAGUGCUUUUGAUCUUGUUACAUUGACUUGCAUACGGCCUGGCUUGAAAAAAAAGGUGGCUUAUAAUAGCUGCCUGUGUUUUCUUGAAGUAAGCUGCGACUCAAAUGGACUGACUGGAUAAGUGGCUUCCUUCAGAGCCAGAGAGAUGACAUCUAUGUGAAUUUUGUAUAAAGUGAUUAUUAAUAGAUGAAUAAAGACAUGUCAAAUUGU